AUGGUUUUUUCUGCUUCACAUUCCGUGUUCAUUAUCUGCAGAGAUGCGGCUGGAAUCGCAGGGAACAUAUUUGCUUUUGGGCUGUUUCUUUCACCAAUACACACAUAUAGAAGAAUCAUAAGAAACCGUUCAACUGAAGAGUUCUCAGGGCUACCAUACAUAUAUGCCCUUUUGAACUGCUUGAUCUGCACAUGGUAUGGAUCGCCUCUUGUAUCUUCUGAUAAUUUACUGAUCAUGACGGUGAAUUCAGCUGGUGCAGUGUUUCAAUUAGUCUACAUAGCCCUCUUCAUAAUAUAUGCUGAGAAAUCGAAAAAGGUGAGGAUGCUGGGAUUUCUGUUGGCAGAUUUUGGUCUAUUUGCAAUCAUAGUUUUUGGGAGCUUGCAAAUGACUGACCUUUUUAUGCGCCAGCUGAUUGUUGGACUGCUUAGUUGUGUUUCUCUCAUAUCAAUGUUUGCUUCUCCCAUGUUUAUAAUUAACUUGGUGAUCCGGACAAAGAGUGUCGAAUUUAUGCCAUUUUAUCUCUCCCUUUCUACCUUCCUAAUGAGCACGUCAUUCUUUCUUUAUGGAAUUUUUAAUUACGAUCUCUUCAUUUAUCUUCCAAAUGGCAUAGGAACCAUUUUGGGGAUUGUACAAUUAGCUUUGUACUUUUACUAUAAGGAUUCAUCUAAAGAAGACUCCAGAGAACCGUUGAUAGAUCCAUAUCCAUAA